CGCCGUGUGUGGAAUCGCCGCCUGGAUUUCGUGGUGCCCAGCGAAGGAGGGAGGCUGUGGUGCAAAAAACGCCCUGUGGCCGCUCUGCGGGUUGCUGUGCCUCUUGCCACGCUUCACUGCUGAAAUACACGGACCUUAAAACAUCUAAGGACAGUAUGUCUGAAAAGCAGAAAAUUAAGAGGAGAAGCAAAGAAGGUUGUGGAGCUGUUGUUGCUCUUCAAAAUGCAGAUAAGAUAAUGAAAGAAAUUCAUGAUUCAUACAAAGAUCUAGGAAAAAAUAGCCAAAUAACACCAGCAGCCAGACUGCAGUCAGAUAAACAAGUGGCAUGUUGUCAAAGUAAAAAGCAGUUAACAUUACAGAUGGGACAGCACACCUCUCUACCUUUCUUGCUGAAGAAAGAGAGCAAAAGACACGGCUUUGACUUCAGCUUUCUGCUCCAUGUCUCAUGCCCAAAAUCCAACACUACAAAAUCUUUUAAGGAUUUCGGUGCCUUCCAGAUAAUAAAAGCACAUAUGCAACAAAGGUUAAAUAUAACAAUACUAGAAGACAGGAACAAGAGGUCUGAGCUUCAUUUGCCACCAGUGACAUUUCAGCCUGUAAGAACAAUUCAUCUUCCUCCUCUAGAUGAUAUUUUUGUCUGUAAGCACACCAAGAUCAGAAAUAUUUUGAAUAUUAUGAACUCUAUUUCUCAGCCUAUAAAAUCAGCUACUAAAUUUUAUCAGUAUCAGUUAGACAAUAUAGUAAAAAGACAUGCUGAAAAGUCUUCAGGUGUGAUUGUGGCUACUAUUUCUGAUAAGUUCACUCCAACAAAGGGCCUGUACUGCUUCAGCAAGAAUAAAUAUUAUAAGUACCCCAGUGAUAAGAAAGAAGAAAUUCAAAACAAUUUGAAAUGGACAGAAGCUGAGAUAGCUGCCAAUAUGGAAAAGAAUGACCAGAAGAAGUCUCAGUUUUCAGUGGCUUGUGAGAAUGUAGAUAUUAUGACCCAAGACAGUUUUUGUGAUGAUAAUCUUUUUUACCUGAGCUCAAGUAAUACUGUGAUAAACUGUGGAAUAUUUACAGCUCUGUGUCAUAUGUCAAACAACACAGACCUUUUAAGAGCUGGCAAGAAGGAAGAAAGAGUGGAGAAUUCCUAUAGAACUGGUAUAGAAGAGAAUAUUACAGAGAUGUCGCUGGAUUGUAGACCAUGUGAAGAGGCUGAGAGUGUACUCUUCAUUCUUGGUGAUCGUAAUUUAGAUUCUUCAUGUAAAAAUGAAGUGAUUGAGUCCUGCCAUGUCUUUGAAGAUCAUUCUGUAGCUGCAGUAAUUCCUGGAGUAGAAGUGCAAGGUUGUUCUGGAAAACAAACAGAAAAUAAUGUUUGUCUUCUCAAAUUUGAAAUGGAAAAAGAAGCAAUGUCAGAAGUGACUGCAAAAGGUCAAAGUGAGCUCGUUCCUGUUGUCCAUGUUACGUUCCCUGAACAAGAGCCAUGUAAGAAACCACACAUCGCUAAACAUCCUGCCAGAAAAAGGAGCACCAUCCGUAGCCUGCCUCCUCAUAACAGUCAGAGCUUCAACAUUCUUGCUCGCAAAGACAAUGACAAAUGUGAGAUAAAGAUGAAUAGAAAGAAAUGUUCAUCAAAAUCUAAAAUGAGUAGCAAGAGAAGGACACCUGAAGGCUUAGUUGUUUCUGAUGAGAUUUCCAUAAAACAUAGUACACAAAAAAUGAAUGCCAAGAGGCAGAUUUUUCCAUCUUUGCAACUGCCAUGCGUGGAAUCUGAGACUUUCCUGAAGUGUCAAAAAAAAAUACCUCAAGCCAACAAAUGUCAUUUUCUUCAGAGUGCUCAGAAACUUAAAAAGCAAAGUUCCUCCUGCAGUUGCAAAAAUCUAGUUAUCUCAAAGAAACCUGUUACUCCGCUUUCUCUACAAUAUGCACAAUGUGCUUCACAUUUUGUACAACUGAAAUACAGUGAUAUGUUCAAGAAAAUAAAUUCAAAUGACAAAGGCCCAGAUGUUUAUGAAAUGUUUGGAACUCCUGUCUAUUCCCACAUGCGUGAGCUUGACCAACUUGAGAACAGUUUUUACAGAGAUGUUUGUUCUGCUCCACCUGGAGGAUGCACUGCUUGCACCUGCAGUUCUACCUGCAUUAAAAGAAGAGACAGCAGCCGAAUAAGAAAUACUCAAAAGAGAACACAUUGUAAGCCAAAGAAGACCAUAUCUGGCACUAAACAAAAGCAGAAAGGCUUACGUGCAAACAACAAAAGUAUUGAAUUGAGUGGUAGCAACACAGAGCAAGAUAAUGUAAUAUCUUCUGGUCCAGAUUGUCAAAUGCAAACUUCAAGUAGCAUGACAUUGUUUCAUGGAGACACAGAUGAGCUUUCACAGUCAACCAAGCAAAACAAAAUUAUUUCAAAUUCAAAGUUAUCAACUAUUAAAGAAGCCUCUUUGGAGCAGUCUCCAGACAGUCAGGAUCUAUCCAACCAUCAGAUAGCUGCUUCCUGUAGCCAGGAUCAGCUCAGUGAUAAAGACCACACAGAAUGUGCUGCUCUAAGUAACAGUUUGUUAACAGCAGACCAGAACAUUUGUGUACCCCCAUACAGAGUGGAUAUGAAUGACUUCAAAGGCCUGGAAUCAGAACACGCCUCCUUAGAGACUGUAAAUCAAGGAGAAGCAUUGCCCUUUUCAGAUAGACUGGACUGUCAAUUCCUUACAAAACAAUUAUGUCACAGUUGGGCAUACACACCUCAAAACAGUAUUUUGGCAAAUGAAUUCACUCAGCCUCCAGUGAUUCCGACAACAAGUGUUACAAGCCCCCAUUUCCAGACAAGUGGAAACAUUUUGUCUUGGGCAGGUGAUAAGGAUGUAACUGAUGAGUUGCUUUGUUGUCUGGCUGCAGAAUUGCUUAUGCUUGAAGAAAAAGACAUCCACUCUUCAAGAACAAAAUACACAGGUUCUAAAAUGCAGAAUACCUAUACUAAAGAAGAAGGAAAUACAAUGAACAGAGAUGGAGAAAUAGUAGAUAAAGAUCUAGAGAAGAGUUACAGAAAAGCCUUUUUGGCUUCAAGUGAAGAAAGUGGACUGCUAAACUUUGAUGAAUCUAUUCAAGUACCAGGAAGCAAUUUAAAUAACAAGGAUACUAUCAUGUGGACAAGAGGUGAAGUCCUUGGAAAGGGAGCCUAUGGCACAGUAUACUGCGGUCUGACAAACCAGGGACAAUUAAUAGCUGUAAAGCAGAUUGUUUUGGAUACGUCAGAUCAGCUGACUACAGAAAAGGAGUAUCAGAAGCUGCAUGAGGAAGUUGACCUUCUGAAGACACUGAAGCAUGUCAAUAUUGUAACUUAUUUAGGAACUUGUCUGGAAGACAACAUCUUAAGUAUUUUCAUGGAGUUUGUUCCUGGUGGCUCAAUUUCCAGUAUUCUUAAUCGUUUUGGUCCAUUGCCAGAAACCGUCCUUUGUAAAUACACAAAACAAAUUCUAGAAGGGGUUGCAUAUUUACAUGACAAUUGUGUAGUACAUAGAGAUAUCAAGGGCAAUAAUGUUAUGCUUAUGCCAAAUGGAAUAGUAAAGCUGAUUGACUUUGGCUGUGCCCGCCGUUUAGCUUGGGUAAGCUUCAGCGGCACACACAGCGAGAUGCUCAAGUCUGUGCAUGGGACUCCAUAUUGGAUGGCACCAGAAGUUAUCAAUGAAUCUGGAUAUGGGAGGAAAUCAGACAUCUGGAGUGUUGGCUGCACUGUAUUUGAGAUGGCAACAGGAAAACCACCGCUGGCUUCCAUGGACAGGAUAGCAGCCAUGUUCUAUAUUGGAGCCCACAGAGGACUGAUGCCUUCCCUACCUGAUCGAUUCUCUGGAACUGCAGUGGACUUCGUCCAUGCAUGCUUAACCAGAGAUCAACAUGAACGCCCUUCUGCUCUGCAGUUGUUGGACCAUCCCUUUGUGAAAGGAAGACAGUGAAUUGUUCAGAACUCUUGUCCAAUAGCAAUAAUCCAGUCAAGACAAUGUAGCAGCUCAUGAGACGAAGCAUCAUCUGAUGAUAUUUAAAACCACGACUUCCACCUACAUCACACUUUGUAUCCAGUUGCGGCUCAUGAGGAUGAAGACACGCAUUUACUACUUUAAUAACAUGUUCGAGUUUCCGUGGCUGUUCUUCCACUUUUGCAGCCAAGAACAAUGCCGUAGGAGAUAUAAUCUGAAGAAGAAAAACACGUACGUUUUUUUACAAACAGGACUUGAAUUUUCAAUGGAGAAUGUAAAUGAGUAAUUAGAAAAGGGUUAGAAGCUGAAUUUUGUUUGUUUUUAAGAAGUUCUGAAAUCAUGCAAGAUGGUAAAAGUAACUCAUCAUGGUUUAAUUUGUAAGUGA